AUGAAUUUUAUCAAGAAGUUUAUUGGGACAACCACUACCGACGAGGUUGCUCUGAUUCCGUCAGGAAAGCUUUAUCUCACACGUUCAAAACAAUCACCAAAAGGUGCGAUUGAGUGUCUUUACAAUGACGCAUUUGCAUCUAUCAAACGCACCACUAGCCCCCACUACUAUCAAUUGUGUAUCACCAAAGUUUACCAAGAAGGAGAAUCUGAUUUCAACCGAUUCGAUGACUCAGAAGAGGAAUACGACGGCGACGAUUUGGCUCCUGCAAGCGAUACCAGGCGCCAAUCCAAAGACGAAUGGAUUUUCCCCAUUGCCGACGAAUUAAAGAUCCAUGUGUGCGAAAAGGAAGACGGCUCAAGAGCCAUUGCUUGGAAAGAUUUGAAUGGCGAUUUGGGAGAUAAGUUUGAGUUUGUCAUUGACGAGGAGGUGAGAGGGAGUGAGGUUGACGCCUUUCGCAUGACCAUCUAUAAAUGUUUAUUUGAAAACAAGUACCAGACCGAGUACUCAAAGGCAAACGAUCUAAACGAGUUUAUCUACAACCCCAAGGGAGAAUUGUUGACUUUUGACGAGUUGAAAGAUUUGAAUGAUUUAGAAGAGUUUGACGAUGAGACAGACGAGUACGAGGAUUGUGAUGAAACCUUACCGGCUAACAAAGAUGCCCCCAAAGGUGAAACAAAAUACGUGAACACUGAUGUUGACUUGCAUUUAUAUGAUACCAGAACAGGAACAUUUAUCUUCCAACUUUCAAAACCUGAGGUAAAGUUGGUGGAUUUGGGUAAUUGGGAAUACACGCUCUACGUCCAUGGCGAAUCUACACGAAUCAACACUACAUUGAGCAAGAAUAUGAACCCGACCUUUAAUUACCAACACUUGUCGUUUAUUUUUAAUGACUACACGGUUGACGAAGAUGGGAUUAAUGCCCAUUCGUGGUUGCUCAAGUUUCCUGAUUAUAACGACUUGUCAAAGUUCCAAACGGUAUUCCUUGGGUUGAUGUAUGAGGCAUUGAAUAAACGGAAAUGGGGAGAAACUGAACAAGAUUAUUUUGUUGAUGCAUUUUCCAAAAUUAGUAUUAAUAAAGACGCCAAGGAAUUAGAAAGCGAGGAAGAAGAAGAAGAAGAAGAAAGCGAAGACGAGAAUCAAGGCGACGGUCCAGUAAAAUGGGAAAGCAAACAAAACGAAAAAAACAGUAAUUUGACUGUGGGGUAUGCCAAAGACCGCUCAUAUGUCGUUCGUGGAGACAAGAUUGGUGUGUUUAGUGAAGACGAUGCUGGUCAACUCAACUUCCAAACAGCAAUAACCAAUGUGGCAGAUUUAAAAGGUAACCAUUUCACUCCCGAGAAAAUGCUUCUUCAUCAGCAGGACCAAUAUAUGAUUAUUUCUAACCCACAGUUUGACGACAAGGCAUUAUACAAGAUGGACCUUACACGGGGCAAGAUUGUCGAAGAAUGGGAGGUCUCAAAAGACCUACCAGUCAAGUCGUAUGCCCCCACAUCGAAAUUUGCCCAGUUGACAGACGAGCAGACCUUAACGGGUAUUUCUGCAAACGGGCUAUUCACUAUCGAUCCAAGGUUGAGCGGCACCAAGUUGGUGAAUGACAAAACAUACAAGGCAUACAAAACCUCUAAUAACCAAUUCCAGACAUUGGCAACUACCGACAAGGGCUAUAUUGCGUUGGGGUCUGGCAAAGGUGAUAUUAGACUCUUCGAUAGAUUAGGGGUUAAUGCCAAGACCGCCUUGCCGUCGUUGGGUGAUCCGAUAAUCGGAAUCGACGUGUCGAAAGACGGGAGAUGGUUGCUUGCUACAUGCGAGACAUACUUGCUAUUAAUUGAUAAUAAAAUCGGCGACGGUCAAAAGAAUGCUGGCAAGUUAGGAUUUACAAAUUAUUUUGACAAGGACAAGAAACCUACACCAAGACGACUUGCAUUAAAGCCCGAACACGAAGCGUAUAUGGUGAGAGAAAACGGUGGCAAGCCUUUGGCGUUUACCCCGGCAUACUUCAAUACAGGUCGUGAUUCCAAGGAAACCACCAUUGUCACAUCGUUGGGCAAGUAUAUUGUCACAUGGUCGAUGGGUAAAGUGUUGUUGGACAAGCCAAACCCAUAUUUGGUCAAGAGGUACACACAAAACGUCAUUGCUGAUAAUUUCAAGUUUGGGUCUAACAAUGAAGUGAUUAUGGCAUUACAGGAUGAUGUUUCAAUGGUGAGCAGACGAAGUUUGGCUAACCCAAAGAAUGUUUUUAAUUAG